CAAACUCAAGUCGAUCGGCGGCUCAUUGAAGGUCAACGUGUAGGCCGGCAGCACGAAGGUCUCGUCAGCAGUAACAUCGUCUGCCACGAGUUCCAGCGCCUCGAGAGCGCGUGUGACGACUGUCCCGGGAGGUCUUGCGUCGACAAGAGCUACAAGGAGGCGCAAUUCGCCUCCGAUUCUGUGGGCGAAUAGCGACUUGAAGGCCUUCAAGGGCUACUUCGGCGACAGCCCGGCCUCGGACGUCGGUAUCAUCUUCGACGCUGUUGCCGCGGAGGACGACUCUUCGUGCACCCUCGACUGCAGCGUUAGGCUCAAUGCGUGAGAGUACGGCGGGAAGACCCACACGAUAUCGUCUACUCUCAUGGCUUCUUUAGCGAGAUGCUUCCCUCAGGGACGACAAUCGCGGAACACAACAGUCGGGGCGGCACGUUGCGGCACGACUUGGCGCAUGCGCCGAAGGGUACGGGGGACGUCUUCUUCCAAUGCAAGUUGGAUAAGCAUGUUUCCGACGAAGCGACGAUCCUGAAUGCGUACGGCCUUGAUUGCUACUCGACCCAGAUCUACGCCGACGCGAAGUGCUGGGUUGCACAUGCCCUCGUACAUAUCAAAGCAGCUUUUCCUGGAUGUAUGGUUGUGUAUCUUGCUAUCCUAUCAUACGCUGGUGCGCACGACGCCGGCCCUGUGUUUGUACUCGAUACACGCGGUCCCUCAGGCGCGGUGUCGACGCGGGUGAGUUGGGGCCUCCAGUCGGAGGUCACGUGGGAAGGCGGGGAUGAGCGGUGGCAUGCUUCUCUGCGAUUCUGUCAUACGUUUCUAGGUUUAGAGUUUUG